GCUAGGCUUAUUUCCAGGCUGGACGUUUCUUUGCAACACACUGGUAAUCACUUUCAACCCUGGCCCUGUGAAACAAAUAGCAAUUAUAAUUAUAUAGACUAGACCAUUUUAAAAUUAUUUACUGCCUCUUCUCCAGAUAAGUUGCAAAAGCAAGGAAGUAAGGUCCACAACUACAAUUCGACAACAGCAAUCAUGAGAUUGGCAGACUACUACGAGUUAUUGGAGAGUUUGACGAGUGAAGAUUGUGAUGGCACAACUGCAUCGCUGAAGUGUAUUCAAGAGAAAUUCCCUAAUGUGUCUCAUUCAACUCUGGUCAGCAUCUACUCUCAGCAUUGUCAGAUGAUUACCAGGCAGACGUACCAUCAACAUAAUAACCCUGAUAUGAUCUCCUACUAUGUGCAGGUGUACCAAGCCAGGAUUAAACAGGAUGACAGUUCACCUGUUCUCAUACAAAUGGCAAAGGAGGCCAAUAUGCCUCCAGCUGUUAUAGCAAGAUUUGUUGUGGAAGGUUCACAUGAGAAAGCCUCGAAUCAAGAAGUUACCAAGUCUACAGUGACUCAGUUUCUGAGGGAACCCUAUUUGAUUGAAGACCCGGUGCUUGCCUACCAAGUGCAGCUUUGCACUCUACAAGACGUCACAUAUGGACCUUAUGCAGAAAGCAUUAAACACUCUGUGGGAAAUGAGUAUGAAUUCCUCUUGGUACAACUGCUGAAGGAAAGAAAAAUAGCAUUCCUCCAAGAGGAUGACAUGAGGAAGAAAGGGUAUGACAAGACUCCAGAUACUAAACUGGAAGUACCAGUAGCUUGGAAUGGCCAUAUCAUCAACUGGAUAGAGAGCAAGGCUUCCUUUGGGGAUUUGUUCAGCCAUAGUAACUAUCUCAAAGAUCAGUAUCUCAGCUAUGCCAACAGGUUUGGUUCUGGUCUUGUGAUCUACUGGCAUGGUUUUAUAGAUGAGCUGGCAGCAGGCUGCAUUGAGCAAGGAAUCGCCCUAGCUGACCACCUCCCAGAAGACCUUACCCAUCUCCAGCCUUGAGACCGCAUCAUGAGAUGAAGGAAGGUCUGAUGAUGCCAUCUUGAGUAAGGAUGCAUUGUGUUUGCCAAGAUUAUGCCCUUGUGGCAUUGAGGAAAGGAAGAUGAGAUGAUGAUGGUGUUACUCACCUCAAAACUCUAAACCAAAUCAUGAGAUGAGAUUUGGCAAUGUCAUCUUGAGUAAGGUGCAGUUUGAUAUCCAGUGAGAAGUGUAUGGAAGAAAGAUAUGGCUGUAUGUGAAUGGGACUUGGAGAUCAUCUUCUGGAAGAUUUCACCCAUCUCUAGCUUUGUGACAGUGAUCAUCAGAUUGAGGUGCAAUGAUGCAAUGUUGAGCAAUGAUGCAGUCGAGUAUCCAUGUUAAUACAGUAUGGGGAUGAUGAAAGUGACAUUGAUUGGGAGAUCCUUUGCCAGAAGAUCUUACUCACCUUCAGCCUUCAGACUGCAUCAUGGGAUGUAUGUUCAAUGCAAUCUUUAGCAAAGAUGCAAUGUUUUUUCCAAGAUCUUGUAGCAUUUAGGA